UAAAUGCCUAAAUAUUAUCUAUAAUAAUCAGUAGAAACAAAUUCAUAACAACAACAGUUUUGUGUCUCAGCACAAUUUCUCACUAUAGAAUAAAACCAUGUGUAUAAUUAAUGUAAUAAUAAAUGAUGUUGUCAUAAGUUAUUGAUUGAUUCAUGUACUUUUUUACAGUGAGUUCUGCUGUGGUUUUGUUUGGAACUAUUUUUGUUGGCGAAAUAGAGCAAAACUUACAUUAUUAACAAUCACAAUCAAUUAACAAUUAAUAAAAUCAAUUUUACAUACAUUCAAGCCCAAUCUGACAACACAGGUGAAGAGAAUACUUGUGUAAAAUGUUAAAUUCUGUUUUUUUUGUUUUGUUUGUCUGUUUGUAUGUUUUUUCUUUAUCAUUAGGUCCCUCAAAUUUGCCAGCAAAAAUUAUCUUUAUUCUAACACUCCACCACAUACACACACACACACACACACACACAAAUAAAUAACAAAGGCACUUUUAAGAGUCACGUUCGUCUUGUUCACCUUUACCCAUCACCUGUACUCUCUUCAGCUCUCUUUCUCGCUCCCCUCUCCUCUCUUUGUCUCUCUUUGUCCCCCCUCCCUGUAUAUUUAUUUAUUUGUCCAUCUCUUUGUUGUGAGUCUUUCUGUCUGUUUGUUUUUCUGUCCAUCACUAUGUCCAUGAGUGAUUCAGAAAUCCAAGAAAAUCUAAUGGUCUUGGAUAACUUGGUUGAUCAUCAAGAACUGAAGGAUGAGCUCCAAAGUCUUGAUGACUUUCUUGGUGAGCUGCAAGAAGAGGAGGCGGCAGCAGCACCAUCAAAGACACCUGAGCCAAGGCAACCAAAGGUGCACUGGAGAAAAAGAGACGUGCAUGGAAAUAUUGUCUAUGCAAGGCCGAGAUCAAGCAGGGAUCAGUCAAAAAAGGCUGAUCACAUUCAGAACACUGAUCCUACCUUCAAUGCUCCUGACACUAACUGUGAGGUGGCCUUUGCUCCAGAGACUGUUGAGUGUUUUCUACAAGAUCUCCAGCACUCACUGAGGGAUUCCUCAGGUGAUGAGGCAUCACCUCUUGGAACCCCAAGAGAUCCUCUUCUGGCAUCUUCGAACUGGGGCAUUCGUCAGAGUCUCUUUUCAGAGAGGUGGAGGGCAGAGAGACCCCGUCUGGUAAACACGGCUGCAGCAAAAGAAAGUGUGGCAACACACAUCUGCCAGCAGUGUUGGAGCAGUCCAGCAGUUAUCCGGUGCAGUGACUGUCGACCACACCCCUUCUUCUGUGCUGAAUGUGACAUCAGCAUGCACACCAGACAUGUCCUCCACAAUAGAGAUGCCAUGACUGCUGGCUUCUUCCAGCCAUUGCCUCCAACAACUGUCGUGGUCGAUAAGGCUCUUUCCCAAUGUGUGCGGCUUGUACCUGUGGAAAUGCCUGACAAAAUCUGUGGUUGUUCACCAGAGUCAUUGAGGGUCAGUCCAGGAAAGACUGUUGCUGUGGUCACAAUGAAUGGACGAUAUGAUCUAAGCAUGCCCGAGUUAUUUUGUGAGGCAUGCCAAGCCACUUGGACUGCUGCAGUGGCCGACCUUAACAGCAGUGACUACUGGCCGGCAAUUCUUCAGUUUGCCACAAUUUAUACUACCGAUAUAUUUUUCUCAUUUGAGGAAAUGAAGAUGGUGGCACCAGGACUGUCCUGUCAAGCAUUUUUAAGAAUGCUGGAUCAGCGAACUGUUCGCUUUGGUCGUACUGGCAAGAUCUCUGCAGACAGUUUUCAGAAAAGUUUUUUUGAGUGGGAGGCUGUGCGAUUUGAGGUGGACAGUAUAUGCAAGGAAGAGCCCUUCAUCUGCCCUGCAUGCUCCCCAAAUAUGCUCGCCGUUUCCGUAGAUGGAAACCGCAAGCAUUACCGUUUUAAGAAUGCUGCUAGAUCUGAGGAACAGGCCAUCUUUGAAGGCAUCUUUAUAGCCAAAGAUGAAGAUGUUACAAGAUUUGUGGACAACAUUCACAGCACAACCAAACAUGUCAGUGGGAGAGGUGUUUGUGGAGGGGAGUGGUCAGCAGCCAGAGAGACCUCACAAAGAUCUGCCAGCAAGGUAGAUGAAGAGGGAUUGGAGGUUACGGUUUGUCGGCACGGAGUGCUUCUCUGUGCAUUAAAUAUGUACAGGGGUGAAAUUUUUGCCUAUCCCCUGUACCUUCAAGAAAACUUGGCCAGUAGGCAAGUCACUUUUUUUUUGUAUGGAUGUGACCUGCAAAUAUUGGCCCUACCUGCAAAGAGUUACAAAAAGCUGCCCAGAGCUCCGGCACCUCCUUAACAUGAGACCAUUCCUUUCGGUAUUUCAUGCCAAAGCCCAUUAUUUUAAAUGUGAGGUGAAAUGGAGCGGGUCGUAUCAGGAUGGGGCUGGACUAACACUAGGGGAGGAGGUGGAACAGUGCAAUGCCUUCCUCUCUAGGAUUGCAGUGACAACAAAACAUAUGUCAAAAGCAGG